AUGGGCGACGCAAAGUCUGUAACGUCAAACACAUCGAGCGGGAAGCGGAAGAGAAACGCAGGACUUGCCUUCUAUGCCGUCAGGGUCGGUCGUACGCCGGGCGUAUACUACAGCUGGCCUGACUGUGAGGCGCAAAUCAGGGACAGAAAAUUUGACUCUCUCACCGACGCGGAAGCUUUCCUGAAAGGCAUGCACAAGUCGACACCUAAGCCUGGGAAGAUGAAGUACUACGGUGUGGCUAUUGGACAUGUUCCUGGCGUGUACACAGACUGGCCGUCGACACAAGCACAAAUCAAGGGCUGUAGUGGUGGGCUUCAGCAGAGCUUUGCGACUCGCGAGGAAGCUCAGGCCUUCGUCAACGAGCAUAAGCGGGAUCACAGCGUACCCAUAAGUUUGCGCGGCGACCAGUCUGAGGCAUCGUCUGCAGUCGGUCAAGGUUGCAAAGCCAGCGAACCUGUUUCAAAGAAGCAAAAGAAGAAUAGCGGCCUUGCGAAUGCGGUCGUCCCCAACGGCGGUGUCAAUUAUGAGCCUGGAAUGGGUCCAUUGCCAGAAGGAGCUGAGGAUGGUUUUGAUCGCACACUGAAGAUGGAUCUCGAGAGCGGUGCCAUCAGGCACAAAACCGAGGCUGAGCUGAGCGCUACGAAAAAGCAACCGACUGGCGACUUCAGCGGUCAGAUCGUUGUCUACACCGAUGGAAGCUCACUUGGCAAUGGCCAGACUGGAGCGGUCGCUGGCGUUGGCGUCUACUUUGGCGCCAACGACAAGAGGAAUGUGUCCGAGCCACUACGAGGAUCCAAACAAACAAACCAGCGUGCCGAACUGACAGCUAUCGCUCGAGCGCUUGACCACGUUCCCAUCGAUCGAGAUGUGCUAAUCUGUACGGACUCCUACUAUGCAAUUCGAUGCAUAACCGAAUGGUCACCGAAGUGGAUGAGGAACGGCUGGAAAAACUCGACUGGCAAAGACGUCGAAAACAGAGACCUUGUGGAACCGAUUGUGUCACGAGUAUGCGAGAGGGAGGCAUGCAAGGCGAAGACAAAGUUUCAGUGGAUCAAAGGGCAUGCCAAUGAUCCGGGCAACGUCGCAGCCGAUCAGCUGGCUGUUCAAGGCUCAAGACAAAGCACACCGCAGCUAAGAGGCGAGAUCGAGUUCUCAACCACGCUGAUGAGCCCAAUCAAGACAAGAGAAGAGUGGGAACAGGUCAAGAAGCAGGAACGAGAGGAGGAGGAGGAGGCAGAUGAGAUUUUCGACAAUGUAUGGUAUUGUUGUGGCUUUAACCGAGCAGCAACAAACGGUGCAUGA